AUGGCAGAAGCACACGCAGACCCCAACCAGGACGCCCCUUACGAUCUUAUAUACUGGCAUGUUAUUCCAGGCCGUGGCGAGCACAUGCGGCUCUGCUUCGUCGAAGCUGGCGUCCCCUACUCCGAUACCGCCUUUACUGAGGGUGGCAUGGAUACCUUGCAUGCCCAUAUCAGCGAGCACAAUACCGGCGAUGACAAGAACCCUCCACCUUUCGCUCCCCCCAUCCUUAAACAUGGCGACCUGGUCAUUUCACAAACGCCCAACAUCUUGAUCAACGAGGUACACAAUUGUCACCACCCCAUCGCUAUCGAUCUAUAUUACGAAGAGCAGAAGGAAGAAUGCCUACGCCGAGUCAAAGAUUGGGUAAAGAAUCGUCUUCCCAAGUAUCUCGGCUACUUCGAGCGUGUCCUCGCUGGUAAGGCGAGUGGCGAGGGACCGUGGCUGUACGGUGGUGUUCUCACGUGGGCCGACUUGGUCUUCUUCCAGACUCUUGAUGGCACUACCUACUUCUUUCGCACAGCUGUCGCGGCUGCGAGGAAGUCUGGCAAGUACGACCGCGUCUUCCAGCACUACGAGGCAGUCAAGGCACGGCCGCGCAUUGCCGAGUACCUCGCUAGUGAUCGUCGUCAGAAAUAUUCCAAUUAUGGCGUCUAUCGCUACUACGAGGAGUUGGAUGUAGAGGCUGAAGAAUAACAAUGCUAAUCAUACUGGUCUUUUACACGGGGGUUUGUUGCUAUUUACCUAGGUACCUAAAGUAGGCUUUCUGGAAAGCGAGAAUCACCCCAGCCGGGCACAGAAGCGUAGCUUGGCGUGGUCCAGCGGCGAGGGAAACUGUGUUUUGAUUCAUGCGUCGGUUGUGGCUUGAAAUCGGGACUACACUAUCAGAUAGUUUGGUCAACCCUGACCUUUAGUCGCUCUCCUUG